AUGGCAUCCAUAUCGGCCGCUCUCGCCUCAGCGCUCCCGACACCAAAGUACGCCGGCGAGGAUGACGCCCCUGCACACGCCCAGCAGCGCGGCCCGCGCAUCGUCGGUGCAGGACACCUCGACCAGACCCAGGUCGUGCUGAGGGUCAGCCACCCCCCGCCGAGGAAGACCACGCUCGUGCAGCAUGCUGACGUCUCACCACAGAGAACAGGACCACCCCCCUAUGGCCAGCGGACGGGAUGGCGGCCGAGCGGCCAGGAGGAUUUUGGCGACGGCGGCGCGUUCCCCGAGGUGCCUGUCGCCCAGUACCCUCUGUCGAUGGGCCAAAAGUCGGCGACGGCAAGCAACGCCCUCGCCGUCCAGGUCGACGCCGAAGGCAAGGUCGACUACGGCGCCAUUGCCCGCCAGGGCCACAAUGACAGCCGCAUCAUCCACGCAUUGACCUCGCGCGCCCCAGCCGCGACGAGGGUCGCCGCGACGACCGAGAAGACGAAGAACGCCCUCGCCGCCCUCGUCAGCGGCGCCGUCGCCGCCCAGAAGCCCAAGAACAUCAACGUCGGCAACCGCGCCGACCCGACCUUUGUGCGCUACACGCCGGCCAACCAGAUGGGCGACAACUCGAAGAAGCAGGACCGCAUCAUGAAGAUUGUCGAGCGCCAGCGCGACCCCCUCGAGCCCCCCAAGUUCAAGCACAAGAAGAUCCCCCGCGGCCCGCCGAGCCCGCCGCCCCCCGUCAUGCACUCGCCCCCGCGCAAGGCCACGGCCGAGGACCAGGAGAACUGGAGGAUCCCGCCGCCCAUCUCCAACUGGAAGAACCCCAAGGGCUUCACCAUUGCCCUCGACAAGCGCCUCGCCGCCGACGGCCGCGGCAUGCAGGACGUCACCGUCAACGACAAGUUUGCUCAGUUCUCCGAGGCCCUGCACAUGGCCGACCGCCACGCCCGCGAGGAGGUCAGGCAGCGCGCCCAGAUGCAGCAGCGCCUGGCCGAGAAGGAGAAGGAACAAAAGGAGGAAAACCUCCGCAUGCUCGCGCAGCAGGCGCGCGAGGAGCGCGCCGGCGCCGGCCAGCGAGACUCGAGGUCACGCUCGCGUUCGCGCAGCUACAGCGGCUCCGACUCGGGCUCCGACAGCGAGGAAGCCGAGGUGCGCGAGCGCGAGAGGGCGCGCAAGGACAAGAUGCGCGAGGAGGAGAGGAAGCUGCGCCAGUCGCGCAUGGGCGCCGAGCGGAGGGUGCAGGUCAUGGCGCGCGAGCAGAACCGCGACAUAUCCGAGAAGAUUGCCCUCGGCCUGGCCAAGCCCACCCAGUCCAAGGAGACCAUGUACGACUCGCGCCUGUUCAACCAGUCGAGCGGAUUCGACAGCGGCUUCAACGAGGACAACCCCUACGACAAGCCGCUGUUUGCGGCCCAAGACGCCAUCAGCAGCAUCUACCGGCCCAAGGCAAACAUGGACGACGACGAGGACGAGGCGGCGGGCGACAAGGAGAUGGCCAAGAUUCAGAAAGCGAGCCGGUUCGGCGAGGCACUCGGCAGGGGGACGUUCAAGGGUGCCGAGGAGGCAGAGGGCGAUGCCAUCUCCAGCAUCCAGCCCUCCCAACAUAAAGUGGAGUGA